AGAAAGGCGGGGAACUCGCUGAGCAUCAGCGACUUGGAGCUGCUGGAUCGUUCUGACAUGGUAGAGGUGGAGGAAACACUCAAGAGACUUCAGAGCCAGAAAGCAGUGCAAGGAAUCAUCGUGGUGAACACAGAAGGCAUUCCCAUCAAGAGCACCAUAGACAACCCCACUACUACACAGUAUGCCAACCUCAUGCACAACUUCAUCUUGAAGGCACGGAGCACUGUGCGUGAAAUUCACCCCCAGAAUGACCUAAACUUCCUUCAAAUUCGCUCCAAAAAAAAUGAAAUUAUGAUUGCACCAGAUAAAGACUAUUUCCUGAUUGUGAUUCAGAAUCCAACUGUAUAAGCCACUAUCUCAGCUUCCUGUGUCAUUCCUUAAUUUGAGGUCCCCCAAGAGUAAUAGUGAUAGUCAUGUCAGUAGGCACAUGGUGG